CCUCGUCCCCUUCCACUCGCUCGUCGACAUCUUCGAAGCUCGAAAACACUAGGCUCGCUUUGCAAUCUCCGCCGCGCUCUUUAAAGCUCUCCACACUCUCAAUCAAUCUCAUUUCUCGCUCGCAUUUGUAUCCAACUCUUGAAUUUCUCCCUUUGGAUCGAUCCUACACCACCGUCUGUACAAUUACCGGGGAUUUCCCGGUCACCAUGUCACAGUCUCUGCACCUCUUCACUCCAUCCACUCUCUCAAAACAAUGCUAUUCCUACCCGAAACCCUCUUUUCCCACCUUCAGCCGCCGGUUCACGGUCACCUCCGUUAGAUUCUCCUCCAUCAGAGCCUGCUCCUCAGAUCUCGACCCCUCCUCCUCACAAGUCCUACUAGCCUCCGAUAACGGAAAGGGCGGAGGGGUUUUAACCCCUGCGACGCGGCCACCGGCGCAGGCGGUGGACUCGGGGUCGAUCGAGGUGGACGCGGUGACUGAGGCUGAGCUGAAGGAGAACGGGUUCCGCAGCACGCGCCGGACGAAGCUGGUGUGCACUAUCGGGCCGGCCACCUGCGGUUUCGAGCAGCUGGAGGCCCUGGCCGUGGGCGGCAUGAACGUGGCGCGAAUCAACAUGUGCCACGGCACCCGUGAGUGGCACCGGGCCGUCAUCGAGCGCGUCCGCAGGCUCAACGACGAGAAGGGCUACGCCGUCGCCAUCAUGAUGGACACCGAGGGCAGCGAGAUCCACAUGGGCGAUUUCGGAGGCCCUUCUUCCGCCAAAGCUGAGGAUGGUGAGAUCUGGACUUUUAGUGUCAGAGCUUUCGAUUCGGCUCUCCCUGAACGCACCAUCAUUGUGAACUAUGAUGGUUUUGCUGAAGAUGUGAAAGUGGGGGAUGAACUCCUUGUGGAUGGUGGAAUGGUGAGGUUUGAGGUGAUAGAGAUACUUGGUCCAGAUGUCAAGUGCCGAUGUACUGAUCCUGGACUGUUGCUGCCUCGGGCUAAUUUAACUUUCUGGAGAGAUGGGAGUCUGGUGCGAGAACGAAAUGCCAUGCUUCCUACAAUUUCUUCUAAGGAUUGGUUGGAUAUCGAUUUUGGGAUUCAAGAGGGCGUCGAUUUUAUUGCCAUAUCAUUUGUCAAGUCUGCUGAAGUGAUUAAUCAUCUUAAAAGCUAUAUUGCAGCACGAGCUCGUGAUAGUGAUAUUUCUGUCAUUGCAAAGAUAGAGAGUAUUGACUCAUUGAAGAACUUGGAAGAGAUCAUUCGAGCAUCAGAUGGAGCUAUGGUAGCAAGAGGAGAUCUGGGUGCUCAGAUACCAUUGGAACAGGUCCCCUCUGCGCAGCAAAAGAUUGUUCAACUCUGCAGGCAGCUAAAUAAGCCAGUCAUUGUCGCCUCUCAGCUACUUGAAUCCAUGAUUGAAUACCCUACACCCACCAGAGCUGAAGUGGCUGAUGUUUCUGAAGCAGUUAGGCAGCGAGCAGAUGCUUUGAUGCUAUCUGGUGAGUCAGCCAUGGGCCAGUUCCCGGAGAAGGCAUUGACUGUUCUGAGAAGUGUCAGUCUGAGAAUUGAGAGGUGGUGGAGGGAGGAGAAACGCCAUGAAGCUAUGGAACUCCGUGACAUUGGAUCUUCCUUUUCCGACAAUAUUUCAGAAGAGAUUUGUAGUUCUGCUGCCAAGAUGGCUAAUAAUUUGGAGGUGGAUGCACUUUUUGUCUACACAAAGACAGGGCACAUGGCAUCUCUCCUCUCACGUUGCCGACCCGACUGCCCGAUCUUUGCUUUUACUACCACCACAUCUGUGCGGAGGCGUCUGAACCUACAGUGGGGCCUGAUACCUUUUCGCCUGAGCUUCUCGGAUGAUAUGGAAAGCAACCUUAAUAAAACAUUCGCAUUGCUCAAGGCCAGAAAUUUAAUUAAAUCAGGUGACCUUGUCAUUGCUGUCUCAGACAUGUUACAGUCUAUUCAAGUUAUGAAUGUUCCUUGAAGAAUUCAUUUAGUUUGCAAGCGUUGAUCCAUAUAUGUUAGAUGGUAUUAUCUGUCUAAACUGCUAUAUCCUUCACUAAUGGUUCCACAAUUUGGUUAGCCGUUGGAAGAAAAAGAGUAAUCAUGAAUUCAGUCCUCUCCUCCCUCGACCUCCGCUUGGAUCCCUUUGUCAGUGGCUGCAACUGUAGGUUCAAUAGAAUUGUUUAUGCUACUUGAGCUUUUCUGGUCUUAUGCGUGUGAUCACACUUCAUAGCACCCUAUGAUAACUUUGUUUAGGUUAUUUGUUACAAAAUUCACCCUUGUAUGGCAGAGUUAAAGCCACUAUGCCUUUCCUUUUUUCCUUUUCUGUUUGUGUAAACAUUGCCGUGUUUUUUUAUUGCGUUCUUAGGCUUUGUUUGUUAAAUUA